UGGACGGUUUGCCAUCGUUCCGGUUGUGCAAUAGUAAACACUAGAUAUCCACUGCCCGAACGAUAGCCGCGGAACCGACAGCCAACCAGAAAUCCCAUCUCCCACAUCACCAUGGGCAUCCUGGAAAAAAUCUCCGACAUCGAGAAGGAAAUCGCUAAAACACAGAAAAACAAAGCUACCGAGUACCAUUUGGGUUUGCUGAAGGCGAAGCUAGCAAAGUACCGGUCACAGCUGCUCGAACCGUCGAAAAAGGGUGAAAAGGGCGAUGGAUUCGACGUACUCAAGUCGGGUGAUGCGCGCAUUGCCCUAAUCGGAUUCCCGUCGGUGGGUAAAUCCACGCUUUUGUCCACGCUAACGAAAACCGAGAGCGAAGCGGCCAACUACGAGUUCACGACGCUCACCUGCAUCCCGGGUGUGAUCGAGUACAAGGGUGCCAAUAUACAGUUGCUCGAUCUGCCCGGUAUUAUCGAGGGUGCCGCGCAGGGCAAGGGCCGUGGUCGGCAGGUGAUUGCGGUGGCCCGCACGGCCGACCUGGUGCUGAUGAUGUUGGACGCGACGAAACCAAACGUGCACCGGGAUCUGCUCGAGUACGAGCUGGAGUCGGUUGGGUUGCGGCUGAACAAGCGCAAACCGAACAUCUACUUCAAGAUCAAGAAGGGUGGUGGUGUAAGCUUUAAUGCCACCUGUCCGCUGACGCGCUGCAACGAGAAGAUGGUGCAAACCAUCCUGCACUCGUUCAAGAUCUUCAAUGCGGAGGUGCUGUUCCGGGAGGACUGCACCGAGGAUGAGUUCAUCGACGUAGUGACCGGCAACCGGAUCUAUCUACCGUGCAUCUACGUGUACAACAAGAUCGAUCAGAUCUCGAUCGAAGAGGUGGACCGUCUGGCCCGGCAACCGUACUCGGUGGUCGUCAGCUGUAACAUGCAUCUCAACUUGGACUAUCUGCUGGAAGUACUUUGGGAGCACCUGCAGCUGAUACGCGUGUAUACGAAGAAACCGGGUGCGCCACCAGACUUCGACGAUGGCCUUAUUUUGCGAAGGGGUGUCACGGUGGAGCACGUAUGUCACGCAAUUCACCGCACGCUAGCAGCCCAGUUUAAGUACGGGCUUGUGUGGGGCACGUCGACAAAAUACUCGCCCCAGCGGGUUGGCAUAUCGCACGUCAUGAACGACGAGGACGUCAUUCAGGUCGUGAAAAAGUAAUCCUCUUCCUAGGACACGCGUGGAAAGCUGCACUUUGGCUCGAGUCGUGCUUCCGACCCGGUGAUCAACCUUCCCAGGGCCACGGUGGGGCCGCGCAAACUUCCACAUCUGGAGACGCUAAAAACGUACUGAUAUACGCCUCGUUUUCACGUUCUUUCGUUGGUUAUCCAUUAUGAUAAUAUUAAAAAAAACACACGUUGAACUUGCUGCUCACCGACAGCUCGUAGACAC